AGCGAACGAUGGGGGGAAAAAAAUCCCACUCUUGUUUCUUUUUCUCCGGCAUCACCGUCAUUAACAUGUAGACCGGUGCGCGUCAAAAGACCCGGAGCGUAAUGGUGUCUUCUAUCAGAGGAGAAUAUCUUUCUGACUAUAGUUGUGAAUAAAAAAAAACAAACAACCAAAAACAUUUUGGAUUAACGCCGCACUUGUUCUGGGCUAAAGGGUUUCCUUAAUUUGUUUCCGCGCGUGUGUAGAUGUUGGACCGCAUUUUACCCGAGUUUCUACCCUCUGGAGUGAAAAGUGCGCCAGUCUUAUUUCCCAGGCUUAUUUCCAACGCUUGAACGUCGGGAUUCUUUUUUUCUUGGAGGGGGGGUAUCUGGCUUUUGAGAAGGGAAUGGACCUUAUCCUAACGGGACGUAACGCACAGAGGAAUAUUGUCUGAGGUGGAGGGAAAAAGCAGCGGAUGGGAUCCUUCCAUACCGGGAACAGACGUUGGACCUUACUAAGUACAUCGAGUACAGCCACCACAUCUACGGCACCACUAUUCCUGCAGCUGCUGCUGCACAUGGCGGUAUGCUCAUCUCAAAAUAAUGGAAACCUUCUUCACUGACUGGUUCGUCUACCUUCUGAGAAGCGGUGCCUAAAGAUGAAAUCUUUAUCGUAUUCUUCGGUUGGUUAUUGGCAGGACCUUUCCGAGGAAUAGUUUCCCCAUUGUGAGGAAUAUUUCUCGAAUUUGCCUUCACCAAGCUGGAGGAAACUAACGGUUGCUGCAUUUUCUACUGGAUGUUUCGCACUGCCUGGGUUUUAACAAAGGAUCCUUAGCAACCACGACCGUCACCUGCUCCAGAGCUACCCCUCUUGCUUAUGCCUGUGUGUGAAUGUGAUUUAAAUGUGAUUGUGUGUUUGUGUUUGUAUCUGCAUGGCAUAAGUGAGAUAGAAAAUAAGGAUUUUUACCCUUCAGAAAGGACAAGAAAGAAAACAAGUUGAAAAAAGAGGAGUAGCAGCUAUGUCCCAGUGGAGGCACUAUUUGAGGACUGGGUGUCGACUGCUUCAGACUGCCAGAAGUGGGAGCAGGAGGAUGGGAUAUGUAGGGCUCGAAGUUUCCUUAAGCGCAGGUUGGUGGGCGUCCACCCUAAUGUGGUUGGGACUGCUGCUUCUGCAGACAUGUCCGGCUGCCGUAUCAGCUCAGAAACUUGACGAGAACGACCCGGUCGUCACCACCACCUACGGCAAGCUGCGUGGCAUCAAGAAGGAGCUCAACAACGAAAUCCUGGGUCCUGUCGUGCAGUUUCUUGGAGUCCCCUAUGCUGCCCCACCCACCGGCGAGCGCCGUUUCCAGCCUCCCGAGCCACCAACAUCGUGGCCGGACACACGCAACGCCACUCACUUUGCCCCGGUGUGUCCUCAGAGCAUCGUAGAGGGACGCCUUCCGGAUGUCAUGCUGCCGGUGUGGUUUACCAAUAGCAUUGACGUGGUGUCCACGUACGUCCAGGACCAGAGUGAGGACUGCCUCUAUCUUAACAUCUACGUCCCCACUGAGGAUGGUCCCCUUACAAAGAAACACACUGAUGAUUUAGGUGAUAAUGACCGCACGGACGAUGAAGACAUUAGGGAGAGUGGAAGCCCCAAGCCGGUAAUGGUUUUCAUCCACGGGGGCUCCUACAUGGAAGGAACUGGGAAUAUGUUUGAUGGCAGCAUCCUCGCCAGCUAUGGGAAUGUGAUUGUCAUAACUGUCAACUACCGGCUGGGCGUCCUAGGAUUCCUGAGUACAGGUGACCAGGCAGCCAAGGGGAAUUACGGCUUGUUGGAUCUGAUCCAGGCUCUGCGUUGGACCAGUGAGAACAUAGCGGCCUUCGGCGGCGACCCGUUGCGUAUCACGGUGUUCGGCUCAGGCGCCGGAGCUUCUUGUGUGAACCUGCUCACGCUGUCACACUACUCUGAAGGCAACCGCUGGAGCAACUCCACCAAAGGUCUUUUCCAGAGAGCCAUCGCCCAGAGUGGCACUGCUUUGUCUAGCUGGGCCGUCAGUUUUCAGCCAGCCAAGUAUGCCCGGAUGCUGGCCCGUAAGGUGGGCUGCAACCUGGAAGACACUGUCGAGCUGGUGGCCUGCCUACAGAGAAAACAUUACAAGGAGCUUGUGGAUCAAGACAUCCAACCGGCCCGUUAUCAUAUUGCCUUUGGUCCUGUUAUUGACGGGGAUGUAAUACCUGACGAUCCUCAGAUACUGAUGGAGCAAGGUGAGUUCCUCAACUAUGAUAUCAUGCUGGGAGUGAACCAAGGCGAGGGCCUGAAGUUUGUGGAGCUCAUCGUCGACAACGAGAAUGGCGUCCAGGCCAAUGACUUCGACUACGCCGUGUCCAGCUUCGUGGAUGAUCUCUAUGGCUACCCAGAGGGAAAAGACAUCCUCAGAGAGACCAUCAAGUUUAUGUACACCGACUGGGCCGACAGGCACAACCCAGAGACCCGCCGGAAGACGCUGCUGGCCCUUUUUACUGAUCACCAGUGGGUGGCACCAGCUGUCGCCACAGCUGACCUGCACUCCAGUUUUGGCUCACCAACCUACUUCUAUGCCUUCUACCACCACUGUCAGACCGAACAGGUACCACCGUGGGCAGAUGCAGCACAUGGAGAUGAGAUCCCAUAUGUCUUCGGCUUACCAAUGAUUGGACCGACAGAGCUGUUUCCCUGCAAUUUUUCCAAGAACGACGUGAUGCUCAGUGCUGUGGUCAUGACCUACUGGACCAACUUCGCCAAAACAGGGGACCCAAACCAGCCUGUCCCCCAGGACACCAAGUUCAUCCACACCAAGCCCAAUCGUUUUGAAGAAGUGGCAUGGACGCGCUACAACCAGAAAGACCAGCUUUACCUGCACAUUGGCCUGAAGCCCCGGGUCAAAGAGCACUACCGUGCCAACAAGGUCAACUUGUGGUUGGAGCUGGUUCCUCAUCUACACAGCCUCAAUGAGGUCACCCAGCUCAUACCCACCACCACCAAGAUCCCUCCACCAGAAGCCACCAACCGCACCCCAAAGACCAAAGUUCUGGUGACCAAACGCCCAAACCCAACACCAUUCCCCACCGAGACCCAGGACAGCCACAACCAGCCACACCUGGUGGACCAGCGUGACUACUCCACCGAGCUGUCAGUGACCAUUGCUGUGGGAGCCUCAUUGCUUUUCCUCAACAUCUUGGCCUUCGCUGCACUUUACUACAAGAAGGACAAGCGCCGACACGACGUCCACAGACGCUGCAGUCCCCAGCGGAGCACCGCAAACGACCUGGCCCACACUCAGGAGGAGGAGAUAAUGUCCCUGCAGAUGAAGCAGCACUCGGACCUGGACCGGGACUGCAGAGGCAUGGGUGACUCUCUGCACCCGCACGAUGUGGUGCUGAGGACUGCCUGCCCACCAGACUACACACUGGCCAUGAGGCGCUCACCGGACGACAUCCCGCUCAUGACGCCAAACACCAUAACCAUGAUCCCCAGCACCAUGGGAGGGCUAACCUCGCUCCACUCGUUCAACACCUUCCCCAGCAGUGGGCAGAAUAACACCCUGCCCCACCCACACCCACACUCACACUCCACCACGCGAGUAUAGCCCAGUGGAUCCAACCACGCAGGCAGGACUCUGACGGCCCAGGCAGCUAACAGCUAACACUGCUGCUACAGCAGAGACUCACUGUAAGGCUGACUUGCUGACAAACACAGAUAUGUCAAGAGCUGAAACGCCAGGCUGGAGUUGCCAGACACCAAUGGAAUUACGCUGGGAUUGUACGACACCCUGUUAAUACCUGAGGGAAUAUAUUCAAGGGUUUCUGAGGGUUUGGACCAGAGGGGGAAAAAAGGAAAACUAUGUUUUUGUACAAAAGUAAGACAAGAAGAAGAAAAAAUACAUAUAAAGAGUUUAAGAAAAACAACCUCACAAGCUAAAACAAAGAGGAGGAUGUUUUUUUUUUUAUUAUUGUUUUUGUUCUAAUACUGCAGCAAAACAAGGUACAGUAAAAUACUUUUCUUUAUAGCGACAGAUAUGGCCUUCGGGAUCUUUUGACAAAUGACUGCUUGGCAGUAUUAUCUGGAAGCAGAACAGAGCAUCAGACACGCCUUGGAGGUGAGAAGAGGGCAGCACUUUGUAAAAGGAAGAAAACAUUGUUUUCCUUUGGCAUCACACUGCAGAUUACUCUGUUCGUGGGGCACAAAGUAGAUGCCAUGCAAACCAAUUUUGGCAUGUCUUAACAUCGUAAAUGGAGGCCAUGUAAGAUAAGGCAAAAAACAUUUGCUGUGAAGAAAGGACUGAAAACUCAAGAAAAAAAGAAACCCUGUAUGCACAACAGAACCAUUUUGAAGAAAAAAAACAAUCUUGCAAAUACUUUUCAUCCAUUUAUUUUUGAGGAUUGGGAACAAUUUUAUUGUAUAUGACUAAUUUACAUAGCUAGAUCUGUACACUAAGCACUGAGGCUGUUUGAGCCCUCUUGGGAGGGCCAUCCAUACUGCAAACGUGCCAGUCGGACUGAACCAGUGGGAAGUGGAGUCCACCUACUGGCUUUCUGGCAGUUCCAACUUCAACACAGAGAGCUGGGGACAAAGGAUAACUGGAUAAUAUUAGCACGAUGCGCAUGACAAUUUAUCUGCUUGAUGGCUGCUCUGCUGAUUAUGUCAUUAUUGAGAAUAAUUUUCACCCUCUCCCUUGCACUGGAGAAAUUUCAGACAUAUUUCCUGAUUGGAUUACAGGAAAACACACACCCUUGCAGGACCAUGGGAAAUGCGGUUCCAGGUUGUGGAUGUUGUGGGCUGGAGAUGGGGACAGAGUUGGGAUGGGGCUGGGAAUGUGGUAAAACUUUCUUGCAUAACAUAAUAUAGCUUGAGUGGAGCUGGGCAUAUAAGGACUAGUUUUGUACUCUGUGUGUUGGUACUACUUUUUGAUAGUGGUUAAAUCACAUUACACUGUAUCAAUCAAACUCAUUGUACCUUCAGUUGAAAUCAGUGUUCUUUGCUAUUCUACCUAUUGGACCACUAUACCGUAUAGAAGUAAUUACCUGCACUGUUUAUUCAAUUGCCCAUUUUCCUUUACUGUAACCCGGGAGGUAUGUCGACUGAAUGACACAGUGGAUGCCCAUCGACGAGAAACACAGUGGAAAAAUGUGGUGGAAGAAUGACACUCUGGGUUUUCUGCUCACAUUGAAGAGCCGUUUAAAAAUAAGAAUGCCUAACGCGACUACUACAAGUCAAAGGCCAAGCACAGACAGGUCACAGUGGGUGGAACUCUUAAGAAACACACAGCAGGGGGGUGAGAGGAAGGCUAGGACCAGGGUAAGUCAAAGGCCCUGAUGCACUUUCUUCUAGUUUCCUUCAUUAGUCAAGGUUGACCAUGUCAGGGCGUGCAUCAUGUUAAGGGGAUGUGUGUGGAGCAGAAAGGCUACUCGCAGCAGCAGAGAUCCACAGUUACCUCAUUUGGAAGAGCUAUUUUUUUUUUUUUUUUUUGCCCCCACUCUUAAGUUACCUGGGAUUCUCUCCAUCUCACGUUUUAUACUGAACCGACAACGUGGGUUGUUUAGCAAAGCGGCUAAUCUCGCAUCCACAGUGUCUUGAGUUGACCAUCUCCUGCAACUCUACCGGCCACUUUUAACACCUUUAGAUCGGCCAAGCUUUGGCAUCAAAGCGACAUUAGCCACCUGUGUAGAAAAGUGUCAGACAGCAAAGAAGGCUGUACUCGACCCGGGCUGCUUCGAAAGGCUGAAGUCACUGUGGGGUAAAGUGGUAAUGUUCACAACAAACGACAGAGAGGAAUACCCUAGACGGGAAGGCUAUUGUGCUCGGAUACAGAACUCAGUUUGCCGCCACAGAGAUGCUACUUAGUGAGCUGAAAUGCUUGUCUCCCUGUUUUCUCUUCACCAAAAUGUGGAUGUGUGGAGGCCUCUGUUGUGUGAAUACAUCCUGCCCCUUUAGGUUUGCUCACAGGCACUGUGCAGUCACUCAAAAUAAUGAGUGCAGACUACUGUUAGCCCGUAUAAUAUUGUGGCAAACAAGCUGGAUGGGAGGAUGAAAUAUUGUCUGUCAUAAGGCGUGUUACAUUCUGGAAUAUCAUUUAAAUUUAAUAUGCUAAUUAUUUCGGUUUGCUCCAGAUUGUUCCCCGGAAUUAAUUGAACCACCACGGCUCAAUCUGGUGCUGAAACAAAAGGAAGACUCCAUGGCAUUCUCGCAUAUUAUUGUCAUGGGCUAGGGACUUUGUGAAAGCUUUUAUGUUUAAAACGACAGCAACCACUAAAUAAAAGUGCAGACUUUUGAAUCUGAAACUAAUAUCGGUCCCGUAGGUUUGUUAGCACUGUAUCGAGCUCUGGCACUGAGCUUACCGGUUGCUGUGGUCAGACUAGCUGGGACACCUCACAA